CUAUUUUCGCUCUCCUCUCUCUCUCUCCUUGCCUUCGUUUAUAUAUAUACAUACAGAGGAAAGAGGAAGAGGAAGAGGCGGGAGAGAGAGAGAGAAGUAUUUGCAUUUGCAGCUUCACUAAUAUUGAUUUGUGGAUCUUCUCCUGCCUGAAUACUGUGGAGAAUUUACGAGUUCCAUUUGAAUAGGAAGGAGGAGGUAGCGAUCAUCGAUGGGGAGUGUGGAGACGGCGAGGAAGAUCGUCGGUUGGGCUGCAAGAGAUCCUUCUGGAGUACUCUCACCCUACACUUACACUCUCAGAGAAACAGGGGAUGAAGAUGUAUACAUAAAAGUGAUAUGCUGCGGGAUUUGCCAUACCGAUAUUCACCAGACCAAAAACGAUCUCGGCAUGUCGAAUUACCCCAUGGUUCCUGGGCAUGAAGUGGUGGGGGAGGUGGUGGAGGUAGGGCCUGCCGUCGCCAAGUUCAAGGCCGGCGACGUCGUCGGAGUCGGAGUAAUCGUAGGGUGCUGCGGGAGCUGCCGCCCUUGCAACGCCAAUAUCGAGCAAUACUGCAACAAGAAGAUUUGGUCCUAUAAUGACGUCUACACCGAUGGCACACCAACACAGGGCGGAUUCGCCUCCGCCAUGGUUGUUCAUCAGAAGUUCGUCGUAAAAAUCCCCGACGGCCUAGCCGUGGAGCAGGCGGCGCCGCUGCUAUGCGCCGGCGUAACAGUGUACAGCCCGCUAAACCACUUCGGGCUGAAAUCGAGCGGCCUAAGAGGCGCCAUCUUGGGGCUAGGCGGGGUUGGCCACAUGGGAGUCAAGAUCGCCAAGGCAAUGGGCCACCACGUGACCGUGAUCAGCUCCUCCGAUCGCAAGCGCGUGGAGGCCCUCGACCACCUCGGCGCCGACGAGUACCUCGUCAGCUCGGACGCCUCGAAAAUGCAAGAAUUCACCGACUCGCUCGACUACAUAAUCGACACGGUCCCGGUAGUCCACCCGCUGGAGCCGUACCUGUCGCUGCUGAAGGUCGACGGGAAGCUGAUCCUGACGGGCGUGAUCAACACCCCGUUGCAGUUCGUGUCACCCAUGGUGAUGCUCGGGCGGAAGAGCAUUACGGGCAGCUUCAUCGGGAGCAUGAAGGAGACGGAAGAAAUGCUCGAGUUUUGCCGCGAGAAGGGGCUGACGUCGACGAUCGAGGUCGUGAAGAUGGACUAUGUCAACACGGCGCUGCACCGCCUGGAAAAGAAUGACGUCCGCUACCGAUUUGUUGUGGACGUCGCCGGCAGCAACCUCGACGGAAGGGUAUAAUAGUCAUUUCAUUUGUUGUUUGAAUAUAAUCUAUCUUAUCUUUAUCGUAUCUUAUCUUUUUAUUUGAAUGGAUAUUAUCAUUA